UUUUAUAGAAAUUAAAAUUUUUCUGGCAUUUUUCAACGGUUUUUUUUUUCUUCUUUUCCUGCGAAAUCCCAUGCGCGUAAACUGUAAAGUAAAGAUUUUUGGGAAUCAAAAGCUUAAAUUCGAAUGUCGUCUUCCUUCGCUGUCCAAUGUUCUCUGCUGCAUUCCCGCGCUUUACAGCAUCCCGAUCAGACUCCGUUCGCAAAAGCUUCCAACUUUGCUCAAAUUCCAUCGUGGGUGUCUCUUAAAUCCACAUGUCCGUCGAUCGAAACCCGCCAAACAGAACUGAGCCAGGUCGAAAAUGUGCACUUGGUUUCUCUCUCCAAGCAAGGGAAGCUCAGAGAAGCGCGCCAAUUUCUCGAGCAGAUGAACGAAGCCGGUGUAUCCGUGAGUCCUCAAUCGUAUAAAUGUUUAUUUGAAAUGUGUGGAUUAAAGGGUUCGUUGUUAGAUGGAAAAUCUGUGCACAGAUGGUUAAGGAGGACAGUGAAGAACCCACCUGAGUUUCUUGAGAACGACGCUCUGCAGAUGUAUUGCGAAUGCGGAAGUUUAUCGGAUGCACAGAAGGUGUUUGAUGAGAUGCUUGAGAGGAAUUUGGUUUCUUGGGUUAUAAUUAUAUCGGCAUAUGCGCAGAAGGGUAUUCUGAAAAGAGCUAUUUCGAUGUUUUCAAAAAUGCUGGAGACUGGGAUUAGACCGAAUGCAUCAAUUUUUACAAGCGUUUUAAGUUCCUUGACGGAGGAUUCGCUUUUGGAGCUUGGGAAACAGAUACAUUCUUAUGUGAUAAGAAGUGAAAUGAGUAGUAAUGUUUCGGUUGAAACGGCGAUUGCAAACAUGUAUGUGAAGUGUGGGUGGUUAGAGGGUGCUAGGCUUGUUUUCGAUAGGAUGGAAGAAAGGAAUGCUGUGGUUUGGACUGGAUUGAUGGUAGGCUAUACUGAAGAUGAGAAACCGGAGGAGAUUUUGGAAUUGUUUGCUGAGAUGGUUAGGAAAAGUGUAGAGGUGGAUGAUUUUGUGUUUUCGAUAGUUCUCAAGGCAUGUGCUGGUUUGCAGGACUUGAAUAUGGGAAGGCAAAUUCAUGGCUACAGUGUUAAACUUGGGUUGGAUUCUGAUGUUUCUGUAGGAACUCCUCUAGUGGACUUCUAUGUCAAAUGUGCAAAAUUUGAGUCUGCUUGCAGAGCAUUCGAAAGGAUACAUGAACCAAAUGAUGUUUCAUGGAGUGCUAUAAUCUCUGGCUAUUGCCAGAGUGAGAAAUUUGAGGAGUGUGUAAAGAUUUUUCAAUCUUUAAUUACUAAAGGUGUUACCUUAAAUUCGUUUGUAUAUACAAGCAUUUUUCAAGCCUGUUCUGCAAUCGCAGAUAUAAAUUUGGGGACUCAAGUUCAUGCUGAUGCAAUAAAAAGAGGGCUCAUUGCAUUCUUACAUGGAGCAAGUGCAUUGAUUACAAUGUACUCAAAAUGUGGCAGAUUGGACUGUGCCUAUCGAGCAUUUGAAUCAAUAGAUAAACCUGAUACUGUGGCCUGGACUGCAAUAAUAUGUGGUUAUGCUUAUCACGGCAAUGCCUCCGAAGCUCUUACGCUUUUCAAUAGAAUGCAGGAUUCCGGCGUUAAGCCAAACUCAGUUACAUUUAUAGCAGUUUUAACUGCUUGCAGCCAUUCAGGUUUGGUGACUGACGGAAAACAGUUUUUGGAAUCAAUGAGUAGUGUGUAUCAUGUAGAACCAAACAUUGAUCAUUACGAUUGUAUGAUUGACAUAUACUCCCGUGCUGGGCAACUACAAGAGGCACUUGAUCUGAUAAAGAGCACGCCGUUUGAACCCGAUGCAAUGAGCUGGAAAAGUUUAUUGGGUGGAUGCUGGAUACAUCGAAAUCUUGAGCUCGGAAAGUUAGCAGCUGAGAACCUCCUCCAAUUGGACCCGGAGGACACUGCUAGUUACAUUAUCAUGUUUAAUUUGUAUGCAUCAUCCGGGAAGUGGGAAGAAGCUGCAGUUUAUAGAAGAAUGAUGGCUGAAAGGAACUUGAGGAAAGAAAUCGGAUGCAGCUGGAUAACCGUCAAGGGUGAAAAGCAUCGGUUUAUAGUGGGUGAUCAACACCAUCCUCAGAUAGAACAGAUAUACACGAAACUGAAGGAGCUGAGCAUUUCUUUCAGGGAUGCUGAAGAUUCGCUUCUUACCGAGGACGACGUAUUGAGCGGUUUUCCUGAAAGGAAAGAACAGCUUCUUGACCACAGUGAGAGACUUGCUAUAGCAUUUGGGCUUAUUUCCAUACCAGGUGAUGCUCCUAUUGUGGUUUUUAAGAACAUCAGGGCGUGCAAAGAUUGCCAUGAGUUUGCAAAACAUGUUUCUGUGGUAACGGGGCGUGCAAUUGUUGUGAGAGAUUCCAACAGAUUCCAUCACUUCAAGUUUGGGGAGUGUUCUUGCAGAGAUUAUUGGUAACCUAAGAAAAUUUCAAAUGUAGAUUUGGGCAUGACACAUUUUGGAUGGUUUGAAAGAGCAACCUCAUGGUUACUAGUUGAUAUCCGAGAAAAACGUAACUACAUCUGGAAUGUCACUAUAACGACAUAUCAAGUUAAAGAACAUGAUCAAGUGAGAAAGUUAAACAGCAGCAUCAUCGUAUAGGUAAGUCAUUCCCCCGGUUUCGGGCAGGCCACAUAUCUUGUCAUACAUUCGUGCGUCUAAUGGGGUGCAUUCACUUAAAAUUUGAUACAAAAGCAAAUGAUUCAUGAUGUGAUUUGUGAUGGUAGUUUUGUUUUGAUCUUAGAUUUUAAUUUAAACUUUUGGAUGUAUAGACUUAGAUACGUGUUGGUGAUGCACGUUUUUAAGUUGUUUUUGUGGGUUGUUCCCGCUUUAGUUUUGCCCUAUCAAAUUGAUACUUUUGCACUUCUAUUGAAAUUCAUGUUGAACACGUCAUUGAUGUAUGAUAGAAAUUUUAAUAAACAUCAUUAUGUUCA